GAUAAAGGCAGGAGAGACUUCCUGGUUGGCUCUGUUGGGUUUUGUUGUCCCACCGCCCACAGAGCCUUGUGGACCCGACAGAGAAGCUAGGCCCGUUUCGAGUCUCGGUCUUCGGCUGUAGCUCGCACACGGAUAAAUAAGCCAACGAACACCUCGUCGAAACCGAGGCGGCGGUGAGAGGGGGAGCCGGAGCGAGGGGCCGUGGAGAGCAGCUGUCCGGGGAUCAGUGAGUUAGCUGGGACGGAGCUAUCCGGCGGAGCCGCGGAGGAGACUCUCACUCUCAGUUUGGUCCGUAUUUAACUUCACGAGCCUCCAAACUACGUGAAGACUUCAAGAAACUUUUGUAGACAAGCUAGGAGACAGCGAGUAUGUGGUUGGAGCCACGGGCGUUGUAGAAUGAAGAGCCCGGCGCACCGCACCAGGGACAUCGAGCGGCAAGCUGGCUACCUGAGGCCCGAGCACUGCGCCCCUCCCCCGCCCCGCACCAGCUCCGACACCAUGUGGUUCAUCCGCGACGGCUGCGGCAUCGUGUGCGGCGUCAUCACCUGGCUCCUGGUCUUCUAUGCUGAGUUUGUGGUGGUGUUCGUCAUGCUGCUUCCCGCCAAGAACGUGGCCUAUAGCCUCUUCAACGGGGUGCUCUUCAAUGGCCUGGCCUUCCUCGCCCUCGCCUCUCACGCCAAGGCAAUGUGCACAGACCCGGGAGCCGUGCCUAAAGGGAACGCUACCAAAGAAUUCAUCGAAAGCCUGCAGCUCAAACCAGGACAGGUGGUGUACAAAUGUCCCAAGUGCUGCAGCAUCAAGCCUGACAGAGCUCACCACUGCAGUGUGUGUAAACGCUGCAUCAAAAAGAUGGACCACCACUGUCCCUGGGUGAACAACUGUGUCGGAGAGAACAACCAGAAAUACUUUGUGCUCUUCACAAUGUACAUUGCACUAAUAUCCUUCCAUGCACUCAUCAUGGUGGCUUUCCAUUUUGUGCUCUGCUUUGAAGAAGACUGGACAAAAUGCAGUAACUUCUCUCCACCAGCAACCGUCAUCCUCCUCAUCCUCCUCUGCUUCGAGGGUCUUCUCUUCUUGAUUUUCACUGCAGUCAUGUUUGGGACUCAGGUUCACUCCAUCUGCACCGACGAGACGGGUAUUGAGCAGCUGAAAAAGGAGGAGCGAAGAUGGGCCAAAAAGUCUAAAUGGAUGAAUAUGAAAGUGGUGUUUGGCCAUCCGUUCUCUGUAGCCUGGCUGAGCCCGUUCGCAACACCCGAUCACGGCAAGGCGGACGUGUACCAGUACAUAGUGUGAAAGCUGGUAACUAAGCUGAGCUCUGCUGCUGUGGACUAAGACUGAUCAGUCCUGGUCUGCCUGUUGGCUGGACCUCAAUGAGCAUGAACUCCUCUCAUCCACUUAUAUACUGUCUUUCAUUUCUGGAUAUUUCUUUUAAUUUCACUUCAGGGUAUUCAGUUCUAAGCCAUUGCAGUUUUUUUUUUUUUUUUAAUCUUGUCACCUUCUUUACAUUUUAUAGUUUCCCUCUUGGUGCUGACUGAGAUUAAUGAGGUGUAGCUGUACCAAAAAAAAAAAAAAACCCCAACCAUCUCAGACUACGCAGCAACAACUUGACAAGAAGCACUUAAAGAGUUGGUGAAACGACACCAAGAGACUGAGUUCUGCCUCCUCCGGACUGAAGUUUCCUGCAUCAUUUCCUGUUUCCGAUACUAGACAAUGUGAACUGAAGCAUAAUGAGUAUUUUUCUCUCCAAGCAGCACGGUCCAGGUUCCAAGACGAUCACCUGGUGUUGUCAUCCUGUAAACAUCGUUGUGGUCCUCCUGUCACCUCUUGUUUUCCUGUAUUUCUGUCGAUGCAAUAGUCUUUUCCCGGAUGCUGCGGAUGAUUUGCCUUAGGACAGCACGUUAGUGAACAGUGGCAUCUGCUAUUUAAAAAAAAAAAAAAAAAAAUCUAUUAUUUUUGCCUUAAUGUUGACAGUCAGGGUGAGACAGGAUCACACUGGUUGAUAGCAUUUUAAAUGAGUUUGUUGUAUCCUUCUUUGAUGCCAGAUGAGUGGAUUUGUUCAGGUCAAGUAAGAAAUGUUUUUUGAGAGUAAACUUUAUCAAGUUUUCUUUUGAUUUACAUCGACUUUUUGUCUGCACUCAACUCCACCUAUCUGGUACUCCAAGAAAGUUAGAGCAAAGGCUGUGUGAUAGAGAGCAGCAUUAGCCUCACCGCGGCCAGAUAAAGUUAUAAUCCUUUAUUCAGUCCCAGUUGAUUUGGUUACACCUGUGGUUUAAUAUUUAAACAAACACUCGAUGAGCAGCUGUACAAUAGAACUGGUUUAUUUUUAUUAUUUUUUUUACAGUGCAGCCAAACAAACUCAUGCUGUUUUUAAUAAAGAGGUCAGUCACUAAGUAAUUUGUAAUUUUAUAUGAAGCCAUAAGCAGCGACGAUCUGAUUUCAUUCUGUACAUAAUGUGAGUAGUUUCCCCACACAGCAUGUGUCAUGCAUGUGUGUGAAGGCAGUUUGAAUCCAGGGCGGGAAUGAUGGACUCCACCACUAAUGAUGAAAACUGUAAAUACAAUGAAUGGCUGUUACUGAAAUAAUGCAGAACACAAAUAGUAUCAAAAUGUACUAUUUAUUUAAUUUAUGGCAACCUUAAGGAUUAUAACUUUAAAGUCUUGGCAGGUGAAGAAAGUCUUUAUAUUCCACCGGGCAGUGACCGGUGUCCUUUUUGAUUAUUCGACAAGUGUGUGCAGUAAAUGUGGACGACCUCUCUGCUUGAUGACCAUCACAGUCACCGGCUCAGAUGGAAAGUCAGGGAAUUAAGCAAUAUGCAUUGCUCUCUGAGUGCACUGACCCUAAGUGUAAUUCGCUCACUUUCAAUUGAUGGAAUUCACUUCUGGAUAAUCCAGUUUGUCAUAGAUUGUAGUUGUGAGCCUGACUGGAGGGAAAAAAGCCUUACAGGAUAAAGUGUUGGUUAAAAUUUAGGCCAAUGGAAAAUGUUCACUGAGGCCCGAAAGGCCAUGCUAGAAAUGCAUAUUUUAACCGUCACAGCCGUGGACAAUGCCAGGCCAACCAGUGUGAACACUAGAUUUUACAUUUGCUGGUAAGAUUUUGGUGCAGAUGGGAAACAGGCCACUUCAGAGCAUUUAACACUAAAAAGGCCUUUGUUCAAAUGUGUUUGAAAGCCUUACUGUUGUAUAAGUCAUACUUUUGAAGAUGAAAGGAAUUAUUAGAACAUACCCUACAUGUUGCCAAAUUGAAUGCUUAAUGAACGGAGGCAGUGAAGUAACCGGUUCAAGUGUUGAGCAUUGUCAGGAAUUAAAUUUUCUUAGGCUUUUAAAAUCACUGGAGUUUUUAAAAAUUGUAAAAAUGUUACGUUAAUGUGGAGAUGCAACAGUUGCUAUCCAGUUUACACAUACAGGACACCAGCUUUCUUAUUUUUCUUGAAUUGUUCAGUAUGUUCUGUGUGGUCGGGUAUGAAAACUAUUUGCAGUACUUACUGUGGACCACAAUUUUUUUUUUUUCUUUUUGACUGUGGUAUUUGUUUAAAGGGGAAUGAAAUAAAACUAUAUAUGUGACAA